AUGUCUAAGAUCGCAUCCACUUUCUCGCGCCUGGUGCGCUUCGUCCCCAAGUCGAACCCCGCAAAGGUUCUGAUCGGUGAGCCCGUUGAUCCUUCGCUGGAUGUUGGCUUGGCCGUGUACCAGGGCAAGGAGGUCGCUGUGCGCCCCUUCUCCGGAUCGUCCGUCCUGAACCCGGGUCAGGUCACCGGCUCGACCGAGACCAUCGAGCGCAUUCUGUCUCCUCUGGCGCAGUCCGAGGUUGGAUCUAUCCGAUGCGUCGGUUUGAACUACGUUUCCCACGCCAAGGAGAUGGCCCUCCCCAUCCCGGAUGUCCCGACCCUCUUCAUUAAGCCCUCGGCUGCCCUGGCCGAUCCUUUCCCGGCGCCUACGGUGCUGCCCAAGAUCACUCAGAAGGACGGCACUGGUGAUUAUGAAUCCGAGAUGGUUAUUGUCAUUGGCCGUGAUGCCAAGGACGUGCCCGAGUCCGAGGCAUUGGACUACGUUCUUGGAUACACUGCUGCCAACGACGUGUCCAGCCGCACAUAUCAGAUGAACCAGAGCCAGUGGUGCUUCUCCAAGGGCUUUGACGGGUCCUGCCCCAUUGGCCCCGUUCUGGUCUCCGCUGCUCUGAUCCCCGAUGCGACUAAGCUUCACAUCCGUGGUCUUAAGAGUGGCCGUGUCAUGCAAGACUGCCCUCUUACUGACCUCAUCUUCAACGUCCCCCAACUUAUCAGCUUCCUCUCCCAAGGCACCACUCUGCCCGCUGGUACCAUCAUCCUGACUGGCACCCCUCCCGGUGUCGGCGCCGCCAAGAAUCCCAAGGAGUUCAUCAAGGCCGGUGACGACUUUGCCGUUGAGCUGCUGCCUCACGUCGGUACCUUGAUCAACAAGAUCGAGCACCAAUAA